AUGCGCAGGCCGCAGGUCCUGGCUGCAACUGCCCGGCCACUCGAGGCGCGAUUCCUAGUUCCGGAGCAGAUCAUAGUCUCUCGACGCUCUCUUCACCUGGCGCCGCCGUUUCUCCUCGACGACUACACCCCACGCUGCCUGACGUUGAGCGCUGCCGAUGCGGCCAAGAAGCGGUCUCAAGCCUACGCACAUCUGCGCAACUGCAACCUGUGCCCACGGCUUUGCGGCGUCAACCGUUAUGAGACAACGGGCAUGUGCCUCAUUGGGGACAAGGUCAAGGUCAAUGUCAUUGCACCGCACUUUGGCGAGGAGCCGUGCAUCCAGGGCCACAACGGCAGCGGCUCCGUCUUCUUCAGCAUGUGCAACCUGCGUUGUGUGUUUUGCCAAAACCACGAUAUUGCCCAUCAGCGCAACGGCCAGGACUUGACGCCCGAGGAGCUGGGAGACUGGUACCUCAAGCUGCAGGACGUGGGCAAUGUGCACAAUAUCAAUCUCAUAACCCCUGAGCAUGUCGUACCGCAGGUUGCUCUGAGCAUCCUCCACGCGCGGAACAACGGCUUGAGAGUGCCCAUCAUCUAUAACACCUCGGCCUACGACUCGCUGGCCUCGCUCGAGUUGCUGGAUGGGCUUGUCGACAUUUACCUGCCGGACUUCAAGCUGUGGUCGACUGCCAGUUCCCGCCGCCUGCUCAAGGCAGACGACUACCCCGCCACUGCGCGAGAGAGCAUCAAAGCCAUGCAUGCCCAGGUUGGCGAUCUUUGCUUCACCCCGGACGGCAUUGCCAAGAAGGGUCUCCUGGUGCGCCACCUUGUCAUGCCGGGCCUCGAGGCCGAGAGCGCCGAGAUUAUGAAGUUUCUCGCAACCGACGUCUCCAAGGACUGUUUCGUUCAUAUCAUGGAGCAGUACCACCCGGACGCGUACGUCGGCAAGCCGAUGAAGGCUAGGUCAAAACAGUCUGCUGCCAACAAAGAGGACAACGAUGCUAGCGACAAGCGCUACGCGGAGAUCAACCGCGCCGUGACGAAAGAGGAGAGCUCCGCAGUCCGAAAGGCUGCGGAAGCAGCAGGACUUUGGAGGUUCUGCGAUCCGCCUAGACAUGAUGGAUUCAGCCUUUGA